AUUUUGCAAAAUAUUUCUAAAUUCCCAUUCAGGCGGGGGUUCAAUUAAGUUCUCAACGGUCGGCUUUUGACUGUAGCAUAUACGGUGAACCGGGAAGCAUGCACAAGAAAAGUGGAAGCAGCUGGCUGCUGCGCUUGGUCAGCGUUCAGUCACCGCUGCGACGCCAGCUUCUACAUGUGUGGACGGGUGAGACGCGUAGCUGGAGCAGAGCCAGCGCCUUGGCAGUCGCGGCAAACAGCAGGCGGCACAGUUCGGAUAACUGCAAUAGCGUGACCCUGGAGCAUACCUUCAAGUGCUAUGACCUGGAGUCGGGACCACCUACGGAUGUGGAGCUGUCGCGCGAGGAUGCCCUGAUGAUGUACACCCAGAUGCUGGAGGUGAGGCGCGUGGAGACCGUGUCCUCCAACUACUACCAGGAGAAGAAGAUCAGGGGCUUCUGCCAUCUGUAUAUCGGGCAGGAGGCGGUGGCCGUGGGCAUGCAUGCCCGCAUGCGCAAACAGGACUCGAUGAUAACGGCUUACCGCUGCCAUGCAUGGACCUACCUCAUGGGCGUCUCUAUUUACGAGUUGAUGGCCGAGCUGCUCGGCGUUCGCACUGGCUGCAGCCGCGGCAAGGGCGGCUCCAUGCACAUGUAUGGCGAUCGGUACUACGGCGGCAAUGGCAUUGUGGGCGCUCAGGUGCCGGUGGGCACCGGCGUGGCGCUGGCCCAUCAAUACCGAGGCGAUGGCGGCGUUUGCAUCGCCUGCUAUGGCGAUGGGGCGGCCAAUCAGGGGCAGGUCUUCGAGGCCUUCAACAUUGCCAAGCUGUGGUGCCUGCCGUGCAUUUUUGUGUGCGAGAACAACGACUAUGGCAUGGGCACGCGGGCGGAUCGUGCCUCUGCCAGCACGGACUUUUACAUGCGGGGACAGUACAUACCCGGCCUGUGGGUGGACGGUAACCAGGUGCUGGCCGUGCGCAGUGCCACACAGUUUGCCAUCGAGUAUGCCCUGGCCCAUGGGCCGAUUGUGCUCGAGAUGAACACCUACCGGUACGUGGGCCACUCAAUGUCCGAUCCGGGCACCUCGUAUCGCUCGCGCGCGGAGGAGGUGCAGAAGGUGCGCGAGAAGCGGGAUCCCAUUACGAGCUUCCGCGGCCAGAUCAUCGCCCUGAGCCUGGCCACCGAAGAGGAGCUGAAGAAGCUCGAAACUGAGGUCCGUAAACGUGUGGACGUAGACUGCAAGAAGGCGGCCAAGGACAAGGAGGUGGAUCUGAGCGAGCUGCAGGCCGAUGUCUAUGCCAAGAAUUUGGAGCCCAAGAUACGGGGCGUCCAUGGUCACCAUCUGGAGCAUAUUCGCAUUUCGGAGCUGUGUCUGGGCAAGCCGAAGGCGACGCCCCUCAACCAGAUAAAGAAUGUUCCCGUGGGGGAUGCGGUCAUGGUGGCUGCUGCUGCCGCGGCCAAGAAGGCGGCCGAUAAGGCCAAAGCGGAGAGGGCCAAGGCUGAGGGCAAGGAGCCACCAAAACCACCACCAGCAGCGGCACCGCCGGCGAAAAAGUAAACGAAAAGUUCGACGAUUUUAUAAGUAGCCAAGACAGGAACCAUACAAAUUAA